CAAUAUCCAGCGAAACACUACACCAAGAACGCACGUAUCCUGCCGCCAUCAGCAUUCAUUAAACAUAUCGACAGUUCCAUGGCUCCAUCGCCGCCGUUCUCAGUGCGUGCGCUUCAUGCCUAUACGUCAGAUCAUGAUGACGACCUUACGUUUGAUGCGGGUGACGUGAUCACUGUUACGAGUAUUGAGGAUGAGGAGUGGUAUUUUGGAAAGGUUGGGGGGAGGGAGGGAAUGUUUCCGAAGAAUUUUGUGGGCGAAGUGGAGGAAGAAGCACAGGAGGAGGAGGAGGAGGAGGUAGCCGAGCCUAUCAGGGAGGAGGUACAUGACCCUGAACCCGAGGAGGAAGAUGAGGAAGAAGAAGAAGUUGUCGCGGCUCCAGUUAAACCUGCUGGGCCCAAAGCCGCUGAUAUAGCUGCUCAGGAAGAGCUCAUUAGGGCAGCUUCCCCUCCACCGCCGGUGUCCGAGCCAACACCCGUCGCCGCCCCACCACCCGUCGCCGCUGCCACAAAGCCUGCACCUUUACCAACGAUUACCACCAACCUUCCCUCAACCCCCAAAUCAAACCCACCCUCCGCAACCUCGGAUAAGCCCUCCCCCUCGACUGGUGGAGGUUCGAGUUUCCGUGAUCGUAUCGCCGCGUUCAAUAAGAGCGCCGACGCCCCCAUCGCCCCCAAACCGAUGCAGAAACCGAGCAGUUUCGUCAAGAAGCCAUUCGUGCCGCCGCCGCCGAGUGCUGCAGCCUACACCUCCACCCCCGCCGUUCCCAAACCGGAACAGUUGAGGAAGCAUGAGGUCGUUCAUCCCCCGCCGCCGGCCCCCGUGGUGGAGAGGGAGGCAGCACACGAUGCUUCGUCGAGUUUGAGUCGGACGAGUAGUAUGGAGGCGAAGGAGGAGGAUGCGCCAAAGGCUGGUAGUUUACGGGAUAGAAUCGCGGCGUUGCAGCAGAGUCGCUUGAAUCCAAUGGGUGGGCCUCCACCUCCGAAACCCAAGCCGGCUGCGAAGCCUACGCCGAGGGAGAGUGUUGAUAGUGAGAGGAAGGGCUCGAUGGAGGAGGUCCCGAGGAGGAUGUCGAGUGAGAGUCGGAAGAGUACGCUGGGGACGCCGGGGAAGGAACGGCCGAGUUUUACGGGGGAGAGGGAGGAGAGCGCCAUUAGCGAAGAGCCGGAGGAAGUUGGGGAGGAAGUGAUGGUGCCUGGGACUGCUGCGCCGGUGGAGAAGGUUGAGUCGCAUACCUCGCAUCCUGAUCUCGAGGCGCCUGCGCAUUCUCCCGCUCAUGCCGAGGAGGAGACAGUGCAGCACGAGGAGGAAGAAGCAGAGGAGCAAGAGGAAAUAGAGGAAGACGUCGAUCCGGAAGUUGCGAGGCGUAUCGCCCUCAGAGAGCGUAUGGCGAAGAUGAGUGGUGGAAUGGGCAUGAUGGGUAUGGCAUUGGGUAUGCCGCCGCCACCCCCCGCUGUCAAGUCGAAGCCCAAGCAUGCACUAGAGCAUGUCGAGAGACACGAGGAGGAUGUUGAUGAUCGGAGUAUGGCACCAGUGCCGAUCUUGCCGGGUAUGGGACCGCCGCCGGCAAAGAUUGCUGCGCCGCAUGUUGUUCAACACGAGGCUGAGGUUGAGCGGGAGGAGGAGGAAGAGGAAAAUGAGGAGGAAGGUGAGAGGAUAAGGGAGAUCCCGGCCGACGAGGUCAGGGAUGUGGAGGACUUGCACCCGGCUAUGCCGUCUGGUGCGCCUGUCCAUGAGGAGGAGGAGGAGGUUGUGGACUUGGGGUUGCCUCCUGUUCCUGUUGCUGCUGCUGCCGCUGCGGCUCCACUUGCUGCCCUUAUGCCCCCAGCACGAGCACCUGCUCCUCCUUCGCCGAGCCGUGAAGUCGAGCCCGAGGUAGUGGCACCGCCGCCGCCUAAUCGUGCGGCUGCGCCACCGGCGCCUAUCGCCGUUCCGCCUGUGCCUACGCGUAUCACGGAGGACAGUGAAGAUGGUGUUACCAGCCCACCUCCGAUGUCUCCUCCGACUGCGGCUUCGAAGAGGCUGUCGUAUGUUGGUGGUAGUGGUAUGAGGCCAGCGAUCCCCAUGUCGCCUCCCGCCACCAAGACUUCGGCUCCGAUGUCGCCGCCCCUUCCUGCCAACUUACCUCCUCAGCCAACGCAGCACGAGGAGCAGUAUAAGCUGGCUGAUCACACGGAUGGUGCUGGUUUGGGUAUCACUGGACCAACAGAGUCUACUGAGAGUUACGUCAUCGAGGAUCCGGAGUUGAUCUCUGCUGCGAAGCAUGCGAAUAUUUUGAGCAAGGCUUUGGAUUUGGGUGAGCCGUUGUCUACGUCUCCUGUUAGCCCGACGUUUCCUCGGCAGGCGUCUAUGGAGGCGCCUAGGGGUGUUCCUCCUCCACCGCCUGGAGCUAUGAGAAGAGUGCCUCCGCUUCCACCGGUUGCGCCGCCGGUACCUGCGAAGGAUGAGGAAGAAUAUGAGGAGGUUGAGGAGGAUGAAGAAGAGGAGGAGGAGGAAGAGGAGCUGGUUCCCCCGCCUCAGGCAGUGCAGCAGGGUGCUAUUCGUGCGCCGCCACCUCCACCACCGUCGGGAUUGCCCCAAAGGGAUGUUCCCCCUCCACCGCCUCCAUCUAUGAUGAUCGAUGCGCCUCAUACCCGGGCAGCACCUCCUCCUCCGCCGCUCUCUCCGCCUCCCGUGAGGGACAUGCCGGCACCACCACCGGUGAUGGCACCUCCUGCUGCCCCGCAGGAAUCGUUAUCGCCUAUGCCUUCGGCGAUAGAGCGGAUCCCCACCGGUGAUUAUCGGACGAGUACGGAGGUGAGCUACACACCUUCCAUCGGGCUCAACCGCGCCAAUACCCAGUCGAGACGGUCGCUUGAUUAUGGUGGUGGUCCGAAUGCGCAUAUUGCCCGUGAAGUCGAUUUGGGCCGGAUGAGUAUGUGGUGGACGCAGCCUAACACGCCACCACCCGUCUUCCAGAACAGACCGAAGGACUUGAUCUUUGAAAUCGAUGAGUCGACGCAGACGAGGCGGGGUGGGCAUUCGAUCGUGACGAAGGAUGUGUAUGUCUUGUUCCAAGAUUAUUCCCAGACCGUCGUUUCGGCACAGUUUGAUGCGCAGAAUCCGAGUCAGGUCGAGUUAUCGCAGACGCAUAAACCCCCACCGCCGCAACUAUCACAAAUGGCACUCGAGGAUGCGUGGGCGAGGUUCGGAGCGAGGGUUCAGGAGGCUGCGGCGGGGUUUGCGGGGAAAGUCGUGGGGGCUGGUGAUGCGUUUACCUUCGUUCGUGACGUCGUCGCGAAGAUUCCUGAUGCGUUGCGAAGUCCGGGUACGAGGAGUUGGGGUGCGUUGGUUUACGCAAACCUAGCGAACGCGAGUGUCAUUCAGCAUGAUGAGAUCAGGGCGGGCGAUAUCAUCACCUUCCGGAACACCAAAUUCCAGGGACAUAAGGGGGGUUUACACACCAAGUAUGCCAUGGAAGUCGGGAAACCGGAACAUGUCGCUAUUGUCUUUGAGUGGGAUGGCACGAAGAAGAAGGUUAGGGCUUGGGAACAGGGAAGGGAGGGGAAGAAGGUUGAGAAGGUUAGUUAUAAGUUGGGGGAUUUGAAGAGUGGGGAGGUUAGGAUUUGGAGGGUUAUUGGGAAGGGGUAUGUUGGGUGGGAGUAA